CAAUAGCUACUUUCCUUACUGAGGAGUUGGCAACACUGCUGGGCGGAGAUCUCGUGCUUGAAGAUCGAAAGUGAAAGUAGAAAAAGCAUUAUAGAAGGCUUGAUGCUUUCUUAGCUUGAUGGUUAACAUUAUCACAGGUUUGUAACCCGUGUAAGGCUUAUCAUUAUCGUAACCUAUGUGGGCUAUACAUGGACCAAUGAGAUUGCGCGCAUGUCGGCCCCUUCCUCAACUGUUCAUGGAGUGUGUGCCACGGACACCACCAUUUUUUAUCAAUGCUCAGGAGCCUCGGGACGGUCAGGAGCCUCGGGACGGUCAGGAGCCUCGGGACGGUCAGGAGCCUCGGGACGGUCAGGAGCCUCGGGAUGGUCAGGAGCCUCAGGACCCGGAUGAUUCACAAAGAAUCAAACAGAACAGAAAAAGGAUGAUCAUUACAGGAGCAGCAGCAACAGUGGGAGCAGCUGCGGCGGUGGUGGGGGCACCAGUUGCCCUGGGAGUGGCAGGUUUGACUACUGUUGGGGUUGCUGCUGGAGCAACUGCAGGGGGCGCCGCAAUAGGAACAGGUACAAUUGCUGCAGCAGCAGCAGCAACAGCGGGAGCAGUUGCGGCAGUGGCAAUGGCACCAGUUGUCCUAGGAGCGAUAGGAUUUACUGCUGGUGGGAUUGCUGCUGGAUCAUAUGCAGCAAGCAUGAUGUCUGCAGCGGCUGCGGUAAAUGGAGGUGGGGUAGCAGCCGGGGGUCUUGUUGCUGUUCUACAGUCAGCAGGUGCUGCAGGGCUUUCAGGAGGGGCUACAGCGGCGCUGGGAGGUGUUGGAGCUGCACUUAGUGGAGCCGCAGGAUGGGUGGCCGCAGGAGCAGGGAUCUCAGGAGCGGCAGCAGCUACUACAGCAGCUACGGCAGGUGCUGCAGGGCUCUCUGCAACGGCUACAGCAGCCGCGGGAGGUGUUGGAGCAGCAGUUGGUGGAGCGGCGGGAUGGCUGGCCACAAGGACAAGGACACCUGAAAAGGAGGAAGGAGAAGAGACAGGAGCAGCUACAGCAGCUGCUGCAGGAGGUGCUGCAGGGCUUUCAGGAGAGGCUACAGAGGCUGUGGGAGGUGUUGGAGCAGCAGUUGGUGGAGCAUCUGAAGGGGAGGGAGGAGUCGAGGAGAGAGAGCUUUCAGGAGCGACUACAGCAGCUGCAGAAGGUGCUGCAGGGCUUUCAGGAGUGGCUACAGCAGCUGUGGGUGGUGUUAGAACAGCAGUUGGUGGAGCGGCGGGAUGGCUGUUCUCAAGAAUCGGGACGUCUAAAGAGGAGGGAGGAGAGUAGAGGGAAGAGAGAGGAUGAGAAGAGAUCCCGGAGGAGGGCCCUUUACAUCAAAACUGAUUGAUGUUAUGAAUGUUUUUUUUGUUGCUCCUUAAUUAUUUGUUAUUUUUAUAUUUUUCUCAUUGUUCAUUUUUAUUUCAGAUUUUUGAAUUUAUUUAAGUAAAUAUUUUCUCGAUAAAAAAACAUGAGCUGGUGCACACCCAGAGUAAUAGUUUGUGUGGAGGUGCUGACUAACGGCGAAUAAACUAUAAAUUAUCAAAAUAAAGAAAAUCGCACUCUCCAUGUAUAAACUCCCAGCAAUUGAACGUUUCGGCAACACUCUGCCUUCCUCAGGGUUAGGGUUAGUUGAGUUUAUAGUAAAUAUUUUCUCAACACUGUUUUUUUCUUGGUUAAAAACUUCUUAGAUUUAAUUUUUAAGGGCUUGUAAGUAAGCAUUUCACUGUAAGGUCUACCCACACCUGUUGUAUUUGGUGCAUGUGACAAAUAACACUUGAUGUGAUUUUGAUUUGAAUGAUUUCAUAAUGGUGUUAUGAGUGCAUAUGUAAACCCCCUUUUGGUGAUGCCAAAACACAUACUGGUAUAUACCCACUCAACAUGUAUUGCAAACAGAUGCAUGCACAUCCACUCAGAGGAACACUUAUGCAUAUGACAAAAUAAUCAACACACAUACUUUCAAAAUAGAAGUCUAUUGUAUAAUGGAAACAUGUUUUUUUAGUUGUCACCAUACCAGCCCUUUGACACACCAAACACAUAACAGGUGUGUAAUGUGCUUUGCGGGUGUGGUUCCCUUGCACAUGCUGAAUAAAUGUAAUUCAACCACUGAAAACCCUCCUACUUCCUGACGAACAUAUUUCCCAGUGGAGUUUCAUUCAAAGUACAUAGUUUUCAGUGCAUUUAUUUCUAAAGACAUCCCUUUAAAUUUGGUGUAAAGUCGAAUUUUCUCAACAGACUCACUAGAAUAUAUGGAGAGAAUGUUCAGAAUAUUAGAGAUCAAUGAAAGAAAGUAAUUUAAAUACACGCAUUGUCACGACCUCCACCGAAGUCGGCUCCUCUCCUUGUUCGUUCGGCGGUCGACGUCGCCGGCUUUCUAGCCAUCGCCACUCCACUUUUACAUUUUUCCAUUUGUUUUGUCUUGUUAUUUGUCAUACAUUUGUAUAUUUGUGAGUGUUUUCGCACUUGUUUACUUUUACCUGUGGCUGGAGGUUUUUGUACGCAGUUGCGUCUGUCUUUUGUGCCUCUGCCAAAUAAAGUGCGCCGAAUCACAA